AUGGAGACGUUGCUGUUACGCAGGGAUAUUUGGAGACUGCGGGACCUGAGAAAGAACUUUGAGAGGAUCAGCGAGGACCUGGAGACUGCGGUGCUGAAAAAUGGGCAGGUCUGCAGGCAGCGGGUCCAGGAGUCCCAGGAAUGCAGUCACCUCCUGGUUGCUACUCGCAAAUGUUUUCGCCACCUUGCUCUGGACUACGUCCUGCAGAUGAAUGCUUUUGAGAUUCAGCAGAAGUUCAAAAUCCUGAACACAGUUCUGGCCUACCUGAAAUCUGAGCACACCUUCUUCCACCAGGGCUAUGAUCUGGUCUCCGACCUCGAUCCCUUGACAAAGGUCAUUUGUUCUCAGGUAAUCAUGUCUCCUGCACUGUUGGAGUAA